ACAACGGAAGGGCGCAAAAAUUGUUUUUCGUUGUCUUUAGCAGUACAUUUUGCACAUUUCGCUAAUAAAUAAAAAUGGGCGAGGAAGCUACUGCGAAAACUUCACGUAUGCCAUGGGUUGAGAAAUACCGGCCAUCGAAAUUGGAUGACUUAAUUUCACAUGAAGAAAUUAUUUCAACAAUCAAUCGCUUCAUUAAUCAAAAACAAUUGCCACACUUGUUGUUCUAUGGUCCACCGGGCACGGGUAAAACCAGUACUAUAUUGGCAUGUGCCAAGCAACUAUAUACACCGGCUCAGUUUAAAUCGAUGGUCUUGGAAUUGAAUGCCUCCGAUGAUCGUGGUAUUGGUAUUGUGCGUGGACAAAUAUUGAAUUUUGCCUCGACGCGUACCAUCUUCAGUGGAACCUUUAAAUUAAUUAUAUUGGAUGAAGCAGAUGCCAUGACUAAUGAUGCUCAAAAUGCUCUGCGCCGUAUUAUUGAGAAAUAUACGGAAAAUGUACGCUUUUGUGUUAUAUGUAAUUAUUUAAGCAAAAUCAUUCCAGCUGUCCAAUCAAGAUGUACACGUUUCCGAUUCGCUCCUUUGACGCCGGAGCAGAUAUUGCCACGUUUGGACAAAAUUAUUGAAAUGGAAAAUUUAAAUGUUACCGAAGAUGGUAAAAAGGCUUUAAUGGUUUUGUCCAAGGGUGACAUGCGUAAGGUGCUAAAUGUCUUGCAAAGUACAAGUAUGGCCUUUGAUGAGGUCAAUGAGGAUAGCGUUUAUACAUGUGUUGGUCAUCCACUGCGUCGUGAUAUUGAAAGAAUCUUAGAAACUUUACUAUCAUGCAAAAGCUUUGAGGAUGCUUAUAAUGAAAUCCAAAGUAUCAAAUCAGUUAAAGGUUUGGCCUUAGAUGACAUUUUAACCGAAUUGCAUUUAUUUAUUAUGCGAUUGGAACUCCCCAUGAGUGUUAUGAAUAAAAUUAUUAUUAAGAUGGCUUCAAUAGAAGAACGUUUAGCCAAAGGCUGUACAGAAGGUCCUCAAAUUACGGCAUUGAUUGCAGCAUUUUUCAUUAAUCGGGAUCAUGUUACAUUAGAAAGUUAAAUGCAUACAUUUUUUUCUAUGUGUAAGUUAUAUUUAAUAAAAAUUAAUUUAAAAAUUAUUGUGGAAAUAUAUCACUUUUGAUAGAAAA